UUUAGAUGGCGCUCCGUUUCCGGUUUGUAACCGUGGCUAUCAAACGAGUUAUUUGCAGUUAUUUAUAUCAACAGGAAGUGAUUAAAAACGAGUGAAUAUAUCUAAUUUCUGCGGGAGAUUUUUAGAUAAGUCUUACAGAGGAUAUCAGAAUGAGUCAAAAAUGGGAUAUAUAUUUCUGUGGCAGUAUUCGAGCUGGCCGUCAGGAUGCGGAACUUUAUCGUACAAUUAUUGGUAAAUUGAAAUCUUACGGUACAGUUUUAACUGAAUUUGUAGGAACAAUAACAGAUGCAGAUGCAAUGACAGCAAAUGGUGAUUCUCAUGAAUUAUCAGAUAAAGAGAUCUAUGAAAAGGAUAUGAGAUUAUUGGAUCAGUCUGAAGCUGUAAUUGCUGAAGUUACUCAACCUUCACUCGGUGUUGGAUUUGAAAUAUCACGUGCUGUCACACUGAAUAAACCAUUACUCUGUCUGUAUCGGCCAUUACCCGGAAAAAUUCUUUCAUCUCUCGUUCGUGGUAUUCACAAUGGUGACACUUUCAACGUCAUAGAUUAUAAAGAAAAUGAUCUUGAUACUAUUUUGAUUGAUUUUUUUGAAAAGGUACGUGUUAUCAGAGAGAAGAGCAAAUCAGCAGACAGUACAGAAAUAACAUCAUCAUAAAUUGCACGAAUACAUUUAUAUAAGUUUAUAACAUCAUUUACUAUAACCUGUCACAAGUUUUUAAACCAAAAUUUAAAAAGAAAGAAACAAAAAGAUUAAAAUUUGGUUUAAACUUUAUAAAUACAAAAAAAUAUCAUGUUAAAAAUAUUUACAUCAUAUUUGAGAUUCAGAUAUAUGCAACAUUCCAAUUUUGUAAACAUAUUGUAUACUCUAUUAUUAUAUGUUUGUGUGUAGGAUGAAUCUUAUCAAAAGUUUGUGCAUUUUGGUAAAAUAAAACUGUAUAUAAAUAUAAGAAAAAAUCAUAAAUAGAAAAAGCACAUAAAUUAUAUCAAUUUUUUUAUUCUACAAUUUUUAACUGUUAUAUACUUAAAAAAAAUAAACUGCCAUUUUUAAGAGAAGAAAAAGUACUGUGUGUUAAUUUGGUCACUGAUGAAAUUUUUAGAUAUUAGCAUCGUUAUAUUUUUAAUGCCAUUUCAGUCAGUGAAUAAAGGAAUAUAAAAAUGAACAAUUUAAUUCAUUUUUAAGAUAUUUACAAUUAAAAGUUUAUAAAAUAUCUCAGCAACUGAGUUAAUACAAACAUAUUUAAUGUAGCAGUACAUAUAAUUAACAACUCGAGAUUAUACGGCGACCAUACUAAUCCAAUCAGUGAUCUC